GAUAAAUAUUAAUUAAUAAUACUAUCAAUAUUUUGACAAUUGUCAAAGCAAAUUGUUUAUCCAAGGCGAUUCUUGUCGGUUGCUCUCUUUUGAGUGCGAAUUGUUUUUUCAGAAAAUGAAUACUCCAAGUUAUCAACCUGUAUUUGUUGGAAGUUAUUUACCAUUUGAAAAUGGAUAUCACAUUAUAUAUGAUAAUCGGUAUACUUUGCAAGUGCCCCAAAACGAACAGAUGACAGAUAAAUAUGAAUAUUGCUCACCUCCUCAAAUGAUCGGAUAUGGGCCAACACCCGUAGUAAUUGGAUAUGUGUCGACACCCGUAUUAAUUGGAUAUUCGUCGAUACCCGUAGUAAUCGGAUAUGGACUGACACCCGAAAUGAAUGUAUAUGUACCUCCGCCAGCAAAUCAGCAUUAUGGCCUGCCAACACAAGUGCUAGAACAUCAGCAAGCGCAAGAAUUAUUUGAAUAUGAGCAACCAUUUGAACUGCUCGAAGUUCAGCAACAUCAGCAACAACCAGAAAUUCUCGGACAGGAGCAUUCAGCUCAGUUUACUUCAAGAAUAGUACAGCCAGAUUCAAAGCUGCCAUCGGAAACUUCUAAAUCUUUAUUAGAUUCGAGUCAUCUGUCUAUUAAUGCUUCCGAUCCUCAAAUCAAUGAAGAGCAAGACGUAAAUCAAAUGUGCAAAGUUGGAUUGGAACCGAACAUUUCUACAGUUUCCAAUGAAGAAACGAACAUCGUUAAAGAUAACAAUCAAGAAAUUACUAAAAAUAAAAUUAAAAACAGCGCUUUUACAGAAAAUACUGUUGAAAGCAAACCAUAAUUAUCUUCUAUUUAAGUUUAAAUUUAAAUAAAUUAUUUCAUUCAAUUUUAUAAUUCUUUAGUCGUUUAAAGUUGAUCAUUGAUUAAUACAAAAUUGUAAUACUGUAUUAAUAAAGUAUUCUUAAAAAGUA